CCCGGGCGGGCCGGGUUGUUUGUGACGGCGUCAGCGGCGGCCGCGGCCCCUCGUCCGUGCCGGGCCCCGCGGGGGCCGCGCUCAGUGUGUUUUGAAAAUGUCUGAAAAUUCCAGUGACAGUGAUUCCUCCUGCGGCUGGACUGUCAUCAAUCAUGAGGGUUCUGACAUAGAGACAGUGACUUCAGAAAAUGGAAGCACAAAUGAUAAUCAUGAGUUUGUUUCAGAAGAAUAUGUUUCUUUGCAAGAAGAGGAGCAAGCAGUUGAUUUGCAAGCUCAGUGCAGCAAUGAUGAAGAGAUACCAGUGGUAGAUAACACUGUGUCUGGAUUUGAGGAAACUCAGACAGUUCCAGAGGAAAAGAAACAAAAAAUUCCUGACGAUGGGUCCUGCGUUGGAACUAUUAGCGAUGAUUCUGACAUUGUUACACUUGAAGCUCCAAAGCCAGAAGAAACUCAGAGUCAGGAGGAAGCUCCAGCAGAUGGUGAAGAAGCUCAGAGUUCAGAGGAUUUUAACAUGGGUUCCUCGUCUAGCAGUCAAUAUGCAUUUUCCCAUGUAGAAACUGUCAGUUGGCUGGAGAAGCUGAGGAAGAUUCCUGAUUGUGUAAGGGGAUGGGGAAAUGAGGUGAAAGAGCAUGUGUCUCGCAGUCUUCCUUUCCAAGUUUUUCCAUCUCAGGCCAGCAGUGAGGAAUCCAGUAGUGACGAGACCAGCAGCCAGUCCAGCCCGGCCGUGCGGAAGCGCCGCCCUCGGAAGAGGUUGGUGUCCAGCUCCGAGGCCGAGGGCGCGUCCCCGGCUGAGCCGGAGGCUGAGCCCCCCAGGGAGGAGCAGCACCAGCGCCAGUUCAGCAGUGGCCUUAACAGAUGCAUCGUCCUGGCCUUGGUGAUUGCAAUCAGCAUGGGCUUUGGGCACUUCUAUGGUAAACCUGAAGGUACAGUUCAGAUCCAGAAACGGCAGCAGCUGGUGACAAAGACACGUGAAUUCAAAGAUAUGAAAGAUGACCUUUACCAGUGCCAACAAGAGCAAGGAGAUCAAGUGCACCACAAAGUGGGGUCACUCAAGGGAGAUCUUGCCACAUGUUUGACCUUUAAUGAGGUGGAGAAGAAAUCCUUCGAUUCUCAAAAAAAAAGCCUUGCUGCAGAAAAUCAGCACUUAAGAGAAUCUCUAGAGAAGGAAGAAAAAGCUUUGGCCUCACUUCAGGAAGAAUUAAGGAAGCUAAGACAACAAAUUAGAAACUUAGAAGAUAAAGGCACUAGCACUGAAUCUAUUGUAAUGGAAAAUCAGAAACUAAGGGAACAUUUGGAAGAGGAAAAGCAAAGAAACAACAAUUUUCUCAGGCAAAAGGAAACUCUCUUUGCAGAGGCACAGAUGUUAAGGCGAGAACUGGACAAAGAACGUCAUGUUACAGAAGCUCUGAAAAAAGAACUGGAACAGUUAAGUUCUCGUCAAACACCUGACAGUGCUAAUGAUGAUGAUGAUGAUGAUACAUUAAGAGAAAAUCAGGAAAUAGAAACUCUACGAGGAAGACUAAUAGAACUAGAGAAAAAGCUGAACUUCGAGCAACAACGCUCUGAUUUAUGGGAGAAGCUAUAUGUUGAAGCAAAAGACCAAACUGAAAAACAAGAAAUUUUUAAUGAAAAUGGACAAAAGAAAGGUGCUAAAGGGCAAAGUAAGACUAGAAAGAAAUCAAAGGAAUCAUUUUUUGGUUCAGUUAAAGAAACUUUUGAUGCUAUGAAAAAUUCCACGAAAGAGUUUGUAAGACACCAUAAAGAAAAGAUUAAGCAGGCUAAAGAAGCAGUGAAAGAAAACUUGAAAAAAUUCACUGAUUCUGUAAAGUCUACAUUCAGACACUUCAAAGACAGCACAAAAAACAUCUUUGAUGAAAAGAAGACAUCAAAUGAUAAAAGAUACGAGGCACACAAGAAAGCUCGAACUUUUUACCGAGACCAUAACUCCUACGAGAAUCAGAAGCACACACAUUACAGGGGACCCAACAUGCCAAAAGAUUUCAAAAGUGGAAGAAAACAUCAUUUUACAACAUUUGAAAAAGAUGCAGAUUCUCAGAAAUGUCUCAGUGAUGACUUGUGUAAUAGAAAACACCACUUUGUCCCGAAGGGCUGCUCUGGUAUUUUUGAAUGUGCUCAUCAGGAAUUCAUUAGUCUCUUUAACAGAGUAUCGGAUCCUAUCAGGGUGGAUGAAUUUAACCGGCUAAUGAAGAAGUAUUUGCAACAAGUUGUGCAUAACUUUCAUCACUGGAGAGAACUAGAAAAUUUCAUCAAUAAGUUUUUUCAUAAUGGGUUAUUUAUACAUGACCAGAUGCUGUUCACUGAUUUUGUCAAUGAUGUCAAGGAUUACCUGGAAGAUAUGAAGGAAUACCAGAGUAAUAAUGAGAAGGUUUUUGAGGAUUUGGACAAAUACGUCUACAGAUACUACUUUCACUAUGAUAAUUCACCCCAGUAUGGACCCAGUCGACCUAAAAGACCUUCUUUUACACAAACUGAAAAUUCCAGACAUGAAAAACAGGCUCAGAAGUACCAUCACCGUAAUAAAAGAGAAGGUAAAUGGCAUAAACAUGGUCGCACUAAUGGAAGACACAUGGCAAACCUUGAAAUAGAAUUGGGGCAACUACCCUUUGAUCCAAAAUAUUGAGUAAUUUAUUGUAAAAAUAAGAUUAGAAUUCACAUCCUCUCUGGAAACUAAUCGUUUUUCAACAAAGCAGCAAGAUGCAAGGUUUUUUUUCUGAAUAAUUUGAUUUUUACACAUUUUUGUUAACAGGCAGAAGUCAAGCUUUCUAAUUUGCAUAUUCUGUACCGUUGCUUUAACUGUUCUUUGGAAGUGAUGAUAGUUUGGGUGCCAGCAGUAUUGUUGCAGAAACUAGGCAUGCAAUGACUUGUGUAUGAAAAAUAUGCUUAAUUGCAUUCCAGUAGCGUAGUUGAAGCUUGAACCAUGCAUAAUGUACCAACUAUUAACUCCAAUGUUUGAUAUACUAACUUCAUCUCAUCCUUCAGAAAAUAAGUCUACAUUGUGGUAAUGUAUUUGUUAGUGUUUGUAACCUUAUAUUUGCUUCCUGUCUUCGGGGGGUGGUUCCAGAGCCUAUUGAAUUGUGAAGAAUUUGCUGUGCUGCAUUCUAAUCAGCUUGCUGAUUUAAACACUUGAAAUGUCUUGCAUAUCUGCAUAUUGUAGAAGAAAAAUAAAGAGACAUUGUGGGUAAAAGUCUUUAUUUAUAAAACAAACUUAGCAUAGCUGUACAGUUC